AUGGCAUCAAACAGCAUCUUCGAUUCCUUCCCGACCUACACGCCGACCUUCAUCCGCGACCCGAGCACCAGCCGCCGCUUCACACCCCCCUCCACGGCCUUCCCCUGCGGCGGCGGCGGCGGCGGCAAGAUGGGCGAGAACAGCGGCGCGCUGGGCGUGCCGGCGGCCGGGGGGCCCGGCGGGCGCGCGCGGCCCGAGGUGCGCUCGAUGGUGGACGUGCUGGCGGACCACGCGGGCGAGCUCGUGCGCACCGACAGCCCCAACUUCCUCUGCUCCGUGCUGCCCUCGCACUGGCGCUGCAACAAGACGCUGCCGGUCGCCUUCAAGGUGGUGGCCCUGGGGGACGUGCCCGAUGGCACGGUGGUGACGGUGAUGGCGGGCAACGACGAGAACUACUCCGCCGAGCUGCGCAACGCCUCGGCCGUCAUGAAGAACCAGGUGGCCAGGUUCAACGACCUCCGCUUUGUGGGCCGCAGCGGGCGAGGGAAGAGUUUCACCCUGACCAUCACCGUGUUCACCAACCCCACCCAAGUGGCCACCUACCACCGAGCCAUCAAGGUGACUGUGGACGGACCCCGAGAGCCCAGACGGCACCGGCAGAAGCUGGAGGACCAGGCCAAGGCCUUCCCCGACCGCUUCGGGGACCUGGAGCGGGUGCGCAUGCGGGUGACGCCGAGCAUGCCCAGCCCCCGCGGCUCCCUCAGCACCACCAGCCACUUCAACAGCCAGGCCCAGGCCCCCAUCCAAGGCACCUCGGACCUGAACCCUUUCUCCGACCCCCGCCAGUUCGACCGCUCCUUCCCGGCGCUCCAGACCCUCACGGACAGCCGCUUCCCGGACCCCAGGAUGCACUACCCGGGGACCAUGUCGGCGGCCUUCCCCUACAGCGCCACGCCCUCGGGCACAAGCAUCGGCAGCCUCAGCGUGGCCAGCAUGCCCGCCACCAGCCGCUUCCACCCCACCUACCUCCCGCCGCCGUACCCGGGGGCCAGCCAGAACCAGAGCGGGCCCUUCCAGGCCAACCCGUCCCCGUACCACCUCUACUACGGCGCGUCCUCCGGCUCCUACCAGUUCUCCAUGGUGGCCGGCAGCGGCGGCGGCGGCGACCGCUCGCCCACCCGCAUGCUGGCCUCCUGCACCAGCAGCGCCGCCUCCGUGGCCACCGGCAACCUCAUGAACCCCAGCCUGGGCGGCCAGAGCGACGGCGUGGAGGCCGACGGCAGCCACAGCAACUCGCCCACCGCCCUGAGCACGCCGGGCCGCAUGGACGAGGCCGUGUGGAGGCCCUACUGA